AUGUUCAAGCCUUCAAUCGCACGACAUGUUAUCAAGCCUUUACGCACCACGCCUGUCAUCGCAGUGACCACCCGCCCAGCAACGACCUUUACUCGAUCUCUCUCACAGACCGCCUCGCUCAGAAAGAAGCAUAAUGACCCCGCAAAGGACAAAAUACCUGCUCCCACACUGAAGACCCCCGAGGAAGCCUCUGCCGAGCGCGAGGGCCAAUUUGCUCGUACGGAUGACAGCGUCCAAAUCGAAUACCCUCCCGACAGUGAGAUGCCCGCCCAACCCGUAGCUCAGGGGCGUGGUGGGAUGCACUACAAACGUACGCUAGCCCAAUUCUCGCUCGAGGGCAAAGUCAGCGUAGUGACUGGUGGUGCUCGUGGGCUGGGUCUCGUCAUGGCACAAGCACUUGUUGCAUCUGGCUCCGAUUUGGCUAUCAUUGAUUUGAACGGGGAAGAGGCCGAGUCCGCAGCUGCCUCGUUAGUUGAGCAGUUCCGCAAAGAAAAUCCCGGUCUGGAGGACAUGCCAGAGGUAACAGCCCACUACGCGGACGUCGCCAGUCCUGACUCCGUGAACAAUGCCGUCGCCGAAGUUCUGGCUAAGCACGGCCAAAUCGACAACUUGGUCACAUCUGCCGGCUUCACUGAAAACUUCGAGGCUAUCAACUACCCCUUCGACCGUAUGCAGAAGCUGUGGGGUGUGAACGUCGACGGCACCUACCUCUUCGCUACCAGCGUCGCAAAACACCUAAUGGAACGCAAGGCACCCGGCAGCAUCGUCAUGAUUGGCUCCAUGUCCGGCUCCAUCGUCAAUGUUCCCCAGCCCCAGGCUCCGUACAAUGCUGCUAAGGCUGCUGUGCGUCAUCUUGCUGCUUCGCUGGCUGUUGAGUGGGCUCGUCAUGAUAUCCGGGUCAACUGCAUCAGCCCCGGCUACAUGCUUACUGCUCUAACCCGCAAGAUCCUCGACGAGAACCCCAAACUUCGCGACCACUGGACCUCUCUCAUACCCGUUGGCAAGAUGGGUACACCCGAGGAUCUGAUGGGUGCUGUGACCUUCCUGCUCAGUGAUGCAUCCAAGUAUAUUACUGGGGCGGAUCUCCGCGUUGAUGGCGGCUACACCGUAACUUAA